AACAGGACAAACGUUCUUGCACCUGAUACGAUAAAAGAAAUAAAGAUAAAGCUUGGUUUCCUGUUUUCUUUUCUUCACAAUAGAAAAAAAGAUAAGAUACAUCACAUGGAGCAUAAAGAAGGCGUCAUAAAGCUGUUUGAUAAUCGUUUGAUGGACAUGAUACGUUACCUUCGAGAUACUUCAAGGAGAGCUUGAUAGCUGGCUUCAAUAAGUUAAAGAAUUAAUGUCUCGGCGAAGCUAUCUUUUUCGAGAACGAGUAGUCUUAUAAAAGUCCAUGAUCACAAAGCGGAAACUGGCGUAGCAUAAUACCAUGAGUGAGACAGAUACCCAACGAAGAUUACAGAUGGAUCUGAUGUAAGUUCAGGAGCGCACUACCUUUUACAGUCUAUGGUAGAGGUGUGAUUAUCAUACAUAUUAUAAUUGAAGGAAAUGGAAAGAAUAAUAGGCAUAUUAAAUACAAAAAUAAAUGCAAAUAAUAAGCACCAAGAUGUUGUACAAAAAUUUAAAUCAUUAUCAACGGAUGAGAAAAGGGUUACAUUCAUGCUUAACCUUAUGUUAGAGUAUGGUGUAGUUCCACAGUCAUAUUCUGAUACCAAAAAUCCCAAGGAAUCAGAGAAAUUCAGAGAACUAGGUAACAAGGAAUUUGUUUCUGACCCAUUGACAAAUACCUCUUGUACAAAAGCUUUAAAAUUAUACACUAAGAGUAUAGCUUACGCACCAUGCUUAUCAGAGCAGCUUGCUCUAGCAUAUGCCAAUAGGUCUGCAGUUUUGUUUAAAUUACAUAAGUAUGAAGAAUGUAUUAAAGAUAUAGAUAGAGCUUUAUCAUUAUCAUACCCUGAUCGUUUAAGAAUCAAAGUUUAUAUAAGAAAAGUAGAAUGUUUGGAGGUUUUGAAGUCUUCGAAUAUAGAAAAUACCAUCAAAGAGACAGAACAAUGGUUACAAAAAAUGUCUUUUGAAGACACUAAUUACAAGAAAUUAAAUGAUAAACUUUCAUUUCUGAAAAAGACUUUAGGAUCACGUAACUUUGAGACACAAGAUAUUAUAAAAUGUGAAACUAAAUAUCUCUUGCCUAAAAUAGAUACUUAUAAUACUGAGAUUCCAUGUGCUUCAAGUGCAAUAAGUUUGAAAUACAAUGAUCAAUAUGGCAGACACAUUGUGGCUGCCCGCAAUAUAAAUCCUGGAGAAGUAAUUUGUAUAGAAAAACCUUAUUCCUUACUAUUAAGUAUUGAAAAAACAUAUACUCAUUGUUCAAACUGCUUAGAAGUAUGCUGGGCGAACAUACCUUGUAAUAACUGUACUUAUGCCAUGUAUUGUUCAGAAGAAUGUAAGGCUGUAGAUUGGAAGAAAUAUCAUGACAUUGAAUGCUUAGUAGUUCCAUCCAUGUUAAAACUAAAUUUAAAAGAUCUGGAUUUAUUUGUUUUAAGAUUAGCUAUACAAGCUGUGAGAGAAAGCAGUAUACAGGAUUUAAGAAAAGAAUUGGAAGAUGUUGAAAAUGAGAAGGAUCUACGUAGAAAAGGCUUUUCUAAGAAUGGGAUUUUCGAAAGUAAUCAGUACAGAAGUAUAUUGAGUCUUGUAACCAAUAGUGAAAAACGUACGGUAGAUGAUUUAUUUAGAAAAUCUUUAGACGCUUGUUUCACUUUAUACUUUUUGGCAACAUGCACUGACAUGUUUGGAAGCCCAUUACAGAAAGAUCUGUCUGUAUUGAUGAAAAAUCCUGAUGUCCUAUUUGUGGGAAGUCUCAUAUUGAGACAUCAACAGGUGAUUCCUAGUAAUAUGCAUACGUUCACAGAGGAAUAUGGACUGGACACUAUUACACGUGGUAUUGCAGCUUUGCCAUUUUGCAGUUUGUUUAAUCACAGUUGCUCUUUAAAUGUAAUGAGACUUUCAAGGAGUAAAGAUCUAAUUAUUUAUGUACUAUGUCCCAUUAAACAAGGUGAACAGAUAUUUGAUAAUUAUGGUGACUGUCAUGAACUCAAUUCAAAAGUAGAAAGGCAAAGAGCACUUUCAGAGAGAUAUUUCUUUGACUGUAAUUGUGUAGCAUGCCAAGAAGAUUGGCCACUGUAUUAUAAUAUGAAACCGUAUGCGAGUUUUGUUAAAAACACCAAAGACUUGAGAAAACUUAAUCAGACAUUAAGGAAAUUCAACACAUAUGUCGAUAUUGUUACCGAGGGAAAUACAGCGGAUAAACCUUAUAUUUUAAACGACUUAUUGAAAAUGAUUAAAAUUUUACAUAAGUUAGUACCAACGCCCUGUCUGGAAAUGCUCAAUGUGAGAGAAACGUUGAAACAAGUGUAUUGCUCACAAGGAAAUAUAUUUGAAAUUCCUAAACUGUAAAUAUACUCUUUUCUGUAUAUUUUAUAUUAAUCGUGAUUGUCAAUUUGUAAGAAAAAAUAAGUCUGAUUUCUUAAAUAACUUUUUCAUGAGACUGCUGUUUACAAUGUUAAUGCAACAAUUAACAUAUUAUAAGUAGAUUGCAGAUGCUUAUGGAUUUUUUCAUCAUAUGAUAUUAUAUGUAUAUAUAUAUAAUUAUAAAUAGAUACUCAUUUUACAUAAAUAUAUGUAUGCUGUGGUAUAUUUAUAUAUUUUUAAUUACAAACUGAUAGAGAUCCAGAAAUUAUAAAAUUUAGAGAUUAUUAGUAAUUGAAAAAUUAAUUAAAGCGCCAAUUGAUCUAUACCAAUUUAUUAUAAAGUACUUGGUAAAUAAAAUCUUUAGGUACUAAAGCUUAAAAUUAAAUUAUGCAAUUUGAGGUAGAGAAGUAGUAGAUAGGAUGCACAUAAAAGAGCUUCGAAUUAUAUAGACUAUUAAGUUUCAAAUACUGUUAAAUCCCGACUACCUACUUAAUGUGCAUUUCUACUUAUUAAUUUAUCUUAAAAGUAACCAGCUAAUUAUUGGUAAAAAGAUUGUUAACCCAACAGAGUCAUAUAACUUAUUAGAACCAUUGAAUUGCUGUUUAUUUGCAUAAUUAAUCCUCCAUUCAACACUUGGAUGCACUGGACUGUGUUUCUCAAAGUAUUCAACAAGCGUAUGUGCAGUAGUUAUACCUGAAGUAAAAUAUAUUCAACAAUUUAUAAAGUACAUACAAUAUACAUACUCGUAAUUCAUUGAAAAUGUUAUCCUAAAUAAAAAAUAUGUAACAUACCUAAUGAUUGAGUCUUAAGAUCCUUUAACAUAACAUAUCCAUCUCCACCAGUCUGCAUAAAAUCAGGAACAAGUACAGUAUAUGUUUCAUUUCUUUUAAGUUCACUAUAUGAUGGAAUACUACAAGAUGCACAUUGCACUUGUACUGAUACCACCCUUGAAUUUUUUGGUUGAGUUAAAUCGUAGACUACCUGUGAGAUUAAUAGUAUUUACAUAAAACCAGACUUGUAACUUAAGCUAACUAAAAACAAUGCUCAUCGCAAAGUUGAAUACCUGAAGACCUGAGAACUGUACAAAUGCACCAAAUAAAUCUGUAGUCGUAUCUAUUUCUAAAUUGUAAACACUCCACUCUAAAACAGAUAGAAUCAGCUCCCCAGUCAUUUGCACCUUCAAUAUAAUAUUGUUGAAUGGUAGCACACUGAGAACAUCUCCCAU